AUGGCUGUGUGCUUCAAAGCGCAGCGUCAGCUGGUGCCGGCGAGGGCCACCGCGAAGUCACGCCGCUGCGGCUGCAAGGAUGCACUCGAUUGCCUGAACAUCCCAGACUGCUCGCUCGCAGUGGGCACAUACAUGCGGAUGAAGGUCUCGACGAGCCUCAUACUGGCUGCUGCAGGCGCUGUAUGUGGAUUUUGUCCUCGGAGUGGUGGCUCUCGUGCAACCGAGCGGCCUCCAACUACUGAUGCUGGUGUUGGUGCUGCCGGCGGUGGACUUCGUGUCCUCUACACCGAAGUCAGGGCUGUCGGAACAGGCUCAAGGCAAGCACACAUCGAACAACUCGCACCUCAGGACACAAAUGAUCCACCUGAGGAGUCGUGGCUAUUAACGACGAGGCGGGCGCGCAAGACGCAGCCUCCAGCGACGACAGACCACCAGAGCUACCGCGCUCCCACGACACCAUCGAAACCACUACGUCGCUCACCAGGCGCGUGGACGAGCGUCCUCAGUCGCGACAUUUCAAAGGACGUGGAGACGUCGACAUCAACGAUGACAGAGGGAUAUGGCGGUGCGAUAGCGGCCUCCCUUUGCGCCCAGUGUAACCCGAACGAUAUCCUUUUCGACUCUUACUCACCGCACGAUCCGCCGUCCCACCUCACGUUGAUGUGCCAUAUCGACCAACAAGGCCAUGAACGACUCGCUCCUACCGAUAGCAACGGCACUGAGGACCUCGUGAGACGUGUCUCUUGGACACCUGGUGAAGAAGACACAGCGAGACUUUCUGUCUACUUCUGCCAUCCCUAUGUAUCGAAAUGGAACGAGACUGCGGGAUCGUUCGAAGGUAGGAAAAAGGAUAAGAUGGCGCCCAAGUGGUUGAUGAAGCAAGUCGACAAGAUCAAGGAGAAGAUCAAGGAGAAGUUCAAGAAGCGCUCCACAAGCCUAUUGUCUAUACAGGAGCCGCCAUCACCUAAGCCUGCACUCCACCGCCACAGUGUCACCACAACCAGGGGCUACGGGUUCACAUCAGAGCGUCGCUCCCAGCAAGACCAGCCUACUGAGCAAUCGACUACUUCGUGCCAGUAUUGCAAGAGCUAG